UAUUGACCUCUUUCUGGUGCUAACAGGGGCCAGUAGCUUCUGAAUGUAGAAUGUUACAACAAGGCAAAAAAAGGCUUUUGCACUGUUGUUCCUGAGCUCAGGGUCUCUAUCUCUUUCAUUAACGAUUUAGCAUGUUUUACUUUUUUUCUUUUUUUGAGUGACUACUACAUACUAAUAGGCUUUUCAUAGGUUAUCUCAUUUAAUCCUCACAGCCACCUCAAGAGACAAGUCUUUCUCAUUCCCUUUCAGAGGCAAGAAAGCUGAGGCCCAGGAAGGCUGAGGAUCUUGCCCAGAGCCACACAACUACUCAGUGAAAACAACUACCUUUACCAUCACAUAGGAAAUCUGUUUGACUUAAGAAGCCAGUACCUUUAAACUGGGACAAGAGAAAGGAAUAUGAUCUCAUCAUCCAUUUAAAGGGUCCCAGUCCUCUCUCUUCUAUUCUUAUGGUGUGAGAUCUUGAAGUCUUCCUUUUCUCUUUUCCUAUUACUUAAAAUGGUGAAUUUGCAUGAAUCAGGCUCCAAGGGCUUUUCCUAUGUUAUUUGAUGGCUACAAUAGUUCCGUGUGACAGGAGUUAAUACCCCUUUCAGAGGAAGAAUCUGAAACGUUGAGAGGUCAAUGACUUGCCCAAGGUCAUACAGCAAGAGCUGUAAAUAGUUAUCUGAAACCUACAGGCAUCUUCAGCUCUGGCAGAGGAGCCUCCUGAGAAUGCCAUUACCCAGAGACCAAGAUACCCUGCGACCAAGACGAAGAUAAAGGAUGCCCAGCGACAGGGCGACCUUGGUCCCAGGGUCCCAGGUGUUAAGCCUGAACUGGUGCUGCCCUCGAGUGGCAGGACUGGGUAAGCAUAGCCCCCUCUACUGACCCGGCUGAAAAGGGCGGGCACUGGAAUCAUGAUGCCUGGAGAACAGACCACUCCACCCUAGCUCCUGUAAAACGUAGUUCGGUUUUUACAAGACCCAUUCAAUGGCCUUUAGGCUCUACCAGGUUUAUUAUAGAACUUUUAAGACAGCUUCGGAUUUAAUCAAUCGUUAAUAGUGGGCCGAGUACAACCAAAAUGCGGCAGCUUCUGGAGGCCUCAGUUUCCCCAUCUGUCUGGUGGGCAUCUUAAACAGCUAGCGGCCCAAGGGGGAAAACGAAAGGAAAACGCUUCCUACAUUAUGUAGAGCGCCAGGGAAACGACCUGAGUUACCGCCUGUGGUUGUACUUUUCCACCUCAGGACAACCCUCCCAACCCGCCUGGGUUUCGGUGGGCUCUACAGGAAGUGUCCCCGCGACGCCGGGCUCCGCACGCUCUGACCACGCCCUCUGCCCCUCUGCGCACGCCGCCUUGGCUCCACCCACAGACGUAUUCGCAGAUUCGCGAGGCCAGCUCCUCAGAAUUGCUCAGGCCCGUAUGCUUAGCCGAAAAUUCUCAUCGGACUCCGAGAAGAGCUUUGAGCUGUAGUCAAUUUCCCUGGGUCAGAAUGAGGCUGUCCCCUGAGUUGUGCUAGUAAUAACUAUCCAGUAAAAGUAGCCGAUUCUGCCAACAGGGUUUGGCUACCCAGGAGUUAUUUUCUUGACCCCAACCAAGGCGGGUAAGGGGAAGCAACGGCUAGGUCCAGGACCUGUGGCGAAUUUGCAGCCUCUUACAUUUCUAGUUGUGUAAGAAAGGGACAGGCAAGAGGAGCAAAGGACCGGAGGUCCGGUCCACCCAUUCGCCCCGCCCGCCUGACGAAUCUGCGCCCGUUCAACGCACCACUCAAAUCUCUCCAGCUCUGGCUGGCCUCCUCCCCUCCGCCCCGCCCCCUUUUCCUCAGGGAUUAGUUGCUGCUUUCGUUGCCGCCGAUUCGUCAACGACCCCAGGCCAGAGCAGCUGGAUAGUCGUGGCGAAGCCCACUCUCCGGGGAAUGCGGCCCAUCUCCAGGCAACCUGGGCCGCAACCCUCGAGCCUUAUAGGGCGUCGGCCGGGGCGAAACCGCUAUCCUCGGCCCCGUGGGUCUCCUGGUGGCGCCCGUGACGAAAGUGCGAAUGUCGACGCUCUGCCCGCUGGGCCUCGCGCAGUGUAAAUGAGCAAAGAUGGAUCAGGAAGGUGGGGGAGAUGGGCAGAAGGCCCCGAGCUUCCAGUGGCGGAACUACAAGCUCAUCGUGGAUCCUGCCUUGGACCCUGCUUUGCGCAGGCCUUCUCAAAAGGUGUACCGCUACGAUGGAAUCCACUUCAGUGUCAACGACUCAAAGUAUAUACCAGUCGAAGACCUCCAAGACCCCCGUUGCCAUGUCAGGUCCAAAAACAGAGACUUUUCCCUCCCAGUCCCUAAGUUUAAGUUGGAUGAGUUCUAUAUCGGACAGAUCCCACUAAAGGAAGUGACUUUUGCAAGGCUGAAUGACAACGUGCGGGAGACCUUCCUAAAGGACAUGUGCCGAAAGUAUGGCGAGGUGGAAGAGGUGGAGAUUCUUCUUCACCCCCGUACUCGCAAGCACCUGGGCCUGGCCCGUGUGCUCUUUACCAGCACUCGGGGAGCCAAGGAAACAGUCAAAAACCUCCACCUUACCUCUGUCAUGGGCAACAUCAUCCAUGCGCAACUCGACAUCAAAGGACAACAACGAAUGAAGUACUAUGAACUGAUAGUCAAUGGCUCCUAUACCCCUCAGACGGUGCCCACUGGGGGCAAGGCCCUGAGUGAGAAGUUCCAGGGUUCUGGUGCAGCCACCGAGACGACUGAAUCCCGCCGCCGCUCCUCCUCCGACACUGCUACCUACCCAGCAGGCACUGCUGUGGUGGGCACGCCUGGCAAUGGCACCCCCUGCUCCCAGGACACAAGCUUCUCCAGCAGCCGACAAGACACCCCAUCUUCUUUUGGCCAGUUCACCCCUCAGUCCUCCCAGGGAACCCCCUACACAUCUCGGGGGAGCACCCCCUACUCUCAGGACUCUGCCUACUCCAGCAGCACCACUUCAACUUCCUUCAAGCCCCGGCGGUCAGAGAACAGCUACCAAGAUUCCUUUUCCCGCCGCCAUUUCUCUGCAUCUUCGGCUCCCACGACCACCUCUGCAGCCAUCUCUGUCACCACUGCAGCCACUGCCACAUCCUCCACUUCUUCCUCCUCGUUGUCCUCGUCGUCCUCAUCGUCCUCUUCUUCCUCAUCCUCUCAUUUUCGUGGUUCUGACUCAAAUUACCCAGCAUAUUACGAAAGCUGGAAUCGCUACCAACGCCAUCCUUCCUACCCACCCCGCCGGGCAACUCGGGAGGACCCCCCUGGGGCGCCUUUUGCUGAAAAUACAGCUGAGCGCUUCCCACCUUCCUACACCUCCUACUUGCCCCCUGAGCCCAACAGGCCCACUGACCAGGACUAUCGGCCUCCUGCCUCAGAGGCUCCACCCCCAGAGCCUCCAGAACCUGGUGGAGGUGGCGGUGCUGGGGGGCCCAGCCCUGAGAGAGAAGAAGCUAGGACUUCCCCCCGCCCAGCCUCACCUGCUCGUUCUGGCUCCCCAGCCCCAGAGACCACCAAUGAGAGUGUGCCCUUCGCUCAACACAGCAGCCUGGAUUCUCGCAUUGAGAUGUUGCUGAAGGAGCAGCGCUCCAAGUUUUCUUUCCUGGCCUCUGACACAGAGGAAGAGGAAGAGAACAGCACCACAGGCCCUGGGGCUAGAGACACAGGGAUCGAGGUGCCUUCUGGGUCAAGUCAUGGUCCCUGCACGCCCCCUCCAGCCCCAGCUAAUUUCGAGGAUGUGGCACCUACAGGGAGUGGGGAACCAGGGGCUACUCGGGAGUCUCCCAAGGCCAACGGACAGAACCAGGCUUCUCCAUGCUCUUCUGGAGAGGACAUGGAGAUCUCCGAUGAUGACAGGGGUGGCUCACCUCCUCCAGCCCCAACACCCCCUCAACAGCCUCCACCCCCUCCUCCUCCACCCCCUCCUCCACCCCCCUACCUGGCUUCCCUUCCCCUUGGUUAUCCUCCCCACCAGCCUGCCUACCUCCUCCCACCCCGACCCGAUGGACCACCACCCCCUGAAUACCCGCCACCUCCUCCGCCACCUCCCCACAUCUAUGAUUUUGUGAACUCCCUGGAGCUCAUGGAUCGACUUGGGGCUCAGUGGGGAGGAAUGCCCAUGUCCUUCCAGAUGCAGACCCAGAUGUUAACUCGGCUCCACCAGUUGCGACAAGGCAAGGGAUUGACUGCUGCCUCAGCUGGUCCCCCUGGUGGAGCCUUUGGGGAGGCCUUCCUCCCAUUCCCACCCCCUCAAGAGGCAGCCUAUGGCUUACCCUAUGCCCUAUACACACAAGGGCAAGAAGGCCGAGGGGCAUACUCCCGGGAGGCCUACCACCUGCCUUUGCCCAUGGCAGCCGAGCCCCUGCCCUCCUCCUCAGUCUCAGGAGAGGAGGCCCGGCUGCCUCCCAGGGAGGAAGCAGAGCUAGCAGAGGGCAAAGCCCUGCCGUCAGCAGGCACUGUGGGCCGUGUGCUGGCCACCCUAGUCCAAGAAAUGAAGAGCAUUAUGCAGCGAGACCUCAACCGCAAGAUGGUGGAAAAUGUGGCCUUUGGAGCUUUUGACCAGUGGUGGGAGAGCAAGGAAGAGAAGGCCAAGCCAUUCCAGAAUGCAGCCAAACAGCAAGCCAAGGAGGAAGAUAAAGAGAAGACAAAGCUCAAAGAGCCAGGCCUGCUGUCCCUUGUAGACUGGGCAAAGAGCGGAGGUACCACAGGCAUCGAGGCCUUCGCCUUUGGGUCAGGGCUGCGAGGGGCCCUGCGGCUGCCUUCUUUCAAGGUAAAGCGAAAAGAGCCUUCAGAAAUUUCAGAAGCCAGUGAGGAAAAGAGGCCCCGGCCUUCCACUCCCGUGGAGGAAGAUGAAGAUGACCCUGAGCGAGAGAAGGAGGCUGGAGAGCCAGGACGUCCAGGGACCAAGCCCCCUAAGCGAGAUGAAGAGCGAAGCAAGACCCAGGGCAAACACCGCAAGUCCUUUGCUCUGGACAGUGAGGGGGAGGAGGCAUCACAGGAGUCCUCCUCAGAAAAGGAUGAAGAUGAUGAUGAGGAAGAUGAGGAAGACGAAGAGCAUGAGGAAGCCAUUGAUACUGCAAAGAAGGAGGCAGAGGCAUCAGAUGGCGAGGACGAGGAAAGCGAUUCGUCCUCCAAAUGUUCUCUGUAUGCUGACUCAGAUGGUGAAAAUGAUAGCACCUCGGACUCCGAGAGUGGCAGCUCGUCCAGCUCCUCAUCUUCGUCAUCCUCUUCAUCUUCCUCCUCAUCGCCAUCCUCCUCCUCAUCUGAAUCCUCCUCUGAAGAAGAGGAAGAAGAGCAACCAGGAACCAUACCCUCGGCAUCACCACCCCCUAGAGAUGCCCUUGUGCCCCUGCCAGCACCUGUGGAGGAGUCCAAGCCAGAAAGAGUGGCAGGCUCCCCAGUCACACCACUCCCCGAACAGGAGAAGUCUCCAGCAAUACCUGCAGGUUCCACUGAAGAGCCAGUUCCCAGUGUGCCCCAGCCUCCCGCAGAGCCACCAGCUGGGCCUCCAGCCCCUGCCCUCCGCCCCUACGAGCGCCCCUCCUCUCCUAUCCUCCUCCUGCCCCCACCCAAGAAACGCCGGAAAACCGUCUCCUUCUCUGCCAUGGAGGAGGUGCCAGCCCCAGAGCCUUCCCCAGCUAUCCCACCACAGGUCAAAUCUCCUGGCCCCAUCUCGCGCAAAGUCCCCCGGGGCGUAGAGCGGACCAUUCGCAAUUUGCCCCUGGACCAUGCAUCUCUGGUCAAGAGCUGGCCCGAGGAGGCGGCCCGAGGAGGUCGGACCCGGGCUGUUGGCCGAGGACGCUCCACUGAAGAAGAAGAGGCUGAGCCAGGGACAGAAGUGGACCUGACAGUGCUGGCCGACCUGGCCCUGACACCAGCCCGGCGUGGGCUGGGUGCACUGCCUACUGGCGAUGACUCCGAGGCCACAGAGACGUCGGAUGAGGCAGACCGCCCGGGCCCCCUGCUCAGUCAUAUCCUGUUGGAGCACAACUAUGCCCUGGCCAUUAAGCCCCCACCCUCCACGCUGGCCCCUCGACCCCCGGAACCAGUUCCUGCCCCUGCAGCCCUCUUCAGCUCCCCAGUGGAUGAGGUCCUGGAGGCCCCUGAGGUGGUGGUGGCUGAGGCAGAGGAGCCAAAGCAGAAGCAGCAGCAGCAGCGAGAAGAAGGUGAGGAGGAGGAGGAAGAGGAGGAAUCUGAGUCAUCUGAGAGCAGCAGCAGCAGCAGCAGCAGUGAUGGGGAGGGGGCCGUCCGGCGGCGCAGCCUCCGCUCCCACACCCGGCGUCGGCGGCCACCCCCACCACCCCCACCACCCCCUACCUUUGAGCCCCGCAGUGAGUUUGAGCAGAUGACCAUCCUGUAUGACAUUUGGAACUCGGGCCUGGAUUUGGAGGACAUGGGCUACCUACGACUCACGUAUGAGCGGCUGCUGCAGCAGACGAGUGGGGCCGACUGGCUAAACGACACCCACUGGGUCCAUCACACCAUCACCAACCUGAGCACUCCAAAACGCAAGCGGCGGCCCCAGGAUGGGCCCCGUGAGCACCAGACGGGCUCCGCUCGCAGCGAAGGCUAUUACCCCAUCAGUAAGAAGGAAAAAGACAGGUACCUGGAUGUGUGCCCCGUCUCAGCCCGGCAGUUGGAAGGGGUGGACACUCAGGGGACUAACCGUGUGCUUUCGGAACGCCGGUCUGAGCAGCGACGGCUGCUGAGUGCCAUUGGCACCUCAGCCAUCAUGGACAGUGAUCUGCUAAAGCUAAACCAGCUCAAGUUCCGGAAGAAGAAGCUCCGAUUCGGCCGGAGCCGGAUACACGAGUGGGGUCUUUUUGCCAUGGAACCCAUCGCAGCUGACGAGAUGGUCAUCGAAUAUGUGGGUCAGAACAUUCGCCAGAUGGUGGCUGACAUGCGGGAGAAGCGCUACGUGCAGGAGGGCAUUGGCAGCAGUUACCUUUUCCGUGUGGACCACGACACUAUCAUCGAUGCUACCAAGUGUGGCAACCUGGCGCGGUUCAUCAACCACUGCUGCACGCCCAACUGCUACGCCAAGGUGAUCACCAUCGAGUCCCAGAAGAAGAUUGUGAUUUACUCCAAGCAGCCCAUCGGCGUGGAUGAGGAGAUCACCUACGACUACAAGUUCCCGCUAGAAGACAACAAGAUCCCGUGUCUGUGCGGCACGGAGAGCUGUCGUGGCUCCCUCAACUGAGGUGGGCGGGACUGGCGCCCACACCCCUAUUUAUUCCCCUUGGUGCCCUGAGCUCCCAGCCCCCCACAGCCUUAGUGGGCUCAGGAGGGCCCACAUGCCCCCAUCUCCAAAUAUGGACUUGGGGGGCCCCCAAGCCCUGCAAGGGAGCCUCAGUACCCUGAGGCAAAUUCUGCCUCCCCUGUCACCGCUGUCGACCCACCCCUUAAUUUUUUUCUUUGCGGAGAAGAUGCUGUAAAUGUUUUGUAGCUGCCAGCAGCUGUUUCCUGUGGAAACCUGGGGUGCCAGCCUGUACAGAUCCUGUUCUUGGGGGCUGCACAGCCCCCUUGCUUUGUGUUAAUGGGGACUUCCCCUUUGUGCCCUGCGUGCACCCCUCCCCAGUUUAGGGGUCUCUAGAGGCAGUGGCCAUGUUCUCCCCCUGGGGGGGGGCCAUGCACCCCCCCCAGUCCUGGGGACUCCGUGCCUGGAACCCUGCCUCACCAUCUGUCCCUGCCAGACCCUGUGGGUCACCCUCCUACCGUGGUGUCUGGAAGCUCCAACUGGGCCAGGCCAGGAUGGAGGGGGCGGGGCAGGCCUUUCCUGUUGGGCUGGAUUGUACAUAUGUUAAUAGCACAAACCCAAUGCCACAUUUUUAUAAUUGUGAUUAAACUUUAUUGUACAAAA